AUGCCUAAACUCGGAUCUGAUUCCAUAAAUGAUUCUUUGAUCACUAUAUGGACGGGAAGUGCCCUUUGUACACGCGAUACGCAUCCGCAGAGCCUCGAUAUUCAGACUACUCUUGCCAAGCGCCCGCGAAAGCCGAGCAAGGUGCGAUGCCUCAGUCGAACAGAUAUAUUAGUUGCUGAUGCUGGCGGUAAUCAUACACUUCCCGAAUCUUCCAUUGUUCUUAAUGGCAAUGCUAAGGACGAUGGCAGCAUUAAAACCACUGGACAGUCCAAUUUUUAUAUGUUGGGUCGUGCAACUAGAGCAGUGGAGAUGACGCGAGGUGGCCGAGAGGGAAAUAAUGCGUUUUUGAACUUUGAGUCGCAGACUGAGUGGGAGUCAGGAAAAGAUCUCGUAAUGAAUGGAAUGAGUUAUAAAGAUUUAGUCAAGGUGUCUAAGGAACCAAAUGUCUCAUCUGCCGUCAAUCUUAAUGUGAACUUCAUGGACGGCAUGGUGGUCGUAGCCGCAAGGAUGGGUUCGCUGGAUGUGGCCAGUGCUUUUGCUGAAGGACCAGCAAGUUCAAAUGGCCACGAAAGAUCAAAAAAGCUGGCGCUUGGAUGUUUUAGUUCAAUCCUUCAAGUCAUAGCUUGUUCUCUUGGGAACCUCGAAAUCGCUGAAAUCCUAAUCGCCCAUGGUGCUCUCAUCAUGGCUAAAGAUCACAAAAAACGUACAGCUUUAUCGCAUGCUAUCAUUAACGGACAAGAACAUUGCGCGGCUAUGUUACUGGCAAAAGGAGCUGACUUUCUCAAGGGUGAUUCUUCCAACAACACACCUGCACACUAUGCUGCUGCUUACGAUUGGCUAGAAUGUCUAAAGCUUCUGACUAGUGUUGAUCCGAGCUGCCUCAAGCAAGAGAAUGAUUGGAAGCUAACACCACUAUCCAUUGCUUACCUUAAAGGCCAUUAUGGAAUUGUGCAAUGGCUUCUGGACGAGAUGUCCGAAUAUGUGGAUAUUAAUGGGAAGGAUAUGGAAGGUGUGACGCUGUUGUCAUCAUUACUGCGUUAUACUGACGAAGAUGCGCAAAGCGAACUUCUUAAGCAGAUGCAGUACUUACUGUCCAGGUAG